AAAAAACAAAAAAAAAAAAAAACAAACGAAAAGAACUACCAUACCCAGCUACUUCUGGACCAGCGCUGACAGCUGCACUGAAGAAAGUGACCACCAGGGGUCGCUGUGGUUCACGUAAAUUUCAGGUCGUUUUCCGGUGACAGCUGAGGGAAUGACAACACUAACAACAAACCAACAGUUAGGGCCUCACUGCACCAGGUUAACUACAAAACAUCGGUAAAAGUGAAAAGUCAGGUUGAAAGCCCAGCAGGCAAGUCUCCGCCUUUAGGACUUGCUGCAGGAUGGCAGAUGACAAGGAUGUAUUGAGAGACGUUUGGUUCGGCCGGAUACCCACCUGCUUCACACUCAACCCGGAUGAGGUUACAGAGAGAGAGGCUGAACCCUACUAUCUGCUGCUCCCCAGGGUGAGCUACCUGCCACUGGUUACAGACAAAGUGAAAAAACAUUUCCUCAAAGUGAUGAAGGCAGAAGACGUGGAGGAAAUGUGGUUCGAGUAUGAAGGAACACCACUGAAGUGAGUUUUCCAGAUCGGGACCUUCUUCACUGCCCGUCAAACUCUAUAGUGGAGGCUCACUUCAUGUCCAGCAUUAAGGAAGCCGACGCCCUAAAGCACAAGAGCCAAGUUGUCAACGACAUGCAGAAGAAAGACCACAAACAGCUGUGGAUGGGCUUGCAGAACGAUAAGUUUGACCAGUUCUGGGCCAUGAACAGGAAGCUGAUGGAAUAUCCCACAGAGGAGGGCGGUUUCAGAUACAUCCCCUUCAGGAUAUAUCAGGCGCUGAGCGAGAGGCCGUUCAUCCAGAAACUGUUUCGCCCCGUUUCCCCUGAAGGCAACACACACACGCUCGGAGACCUGCUGAAGGAGAUGUACCCGGAUGCUCUAACUAAUGAUGGUGAGCUAAAGCGUUACCAGGUGUUGAUCCACGGCAUCGAACCUCUGCUGGAGACUCCUCUGCAGUGGCUGAGCGAACACCUCAGCCAUCCCGACAACUUCCUGCACAUCUGUGUCAUCCCUGUGCCCACAGAUUGAAGCCACUACCCCUUACAUCUUGCCAUCGCUGUGACAAUGCCCGGGCCAACCACCUGCCGGCUGAGGAGCCCGCACCCACUGAUGUGUGAGGGUGGAGAGCUUACACCAACAAAGUUACAGGAGGAAGACUGUGACUGUCAAAUAAAGUAAAGAAGGUAUUUAACAAGCCUUCCUUUUUUCCAUUCACUUUUUUUUUCCCCUUCCUCGGAACUACUGCUGUCCCACCCUUACCUUCUAUGAAACUUGUUACUGGAGGCAAGGCGAAAAAGAACUGUUGAAGAAAUGACUGAACAAGAAGAUCUUUCCUUUUUAUUAAAAUCUAUUCUCUUUUAUUCUCCUCGGAGUAACCAAACACCCACACUGGAGCAAAUGAAGUGAAUGGAUUGUAAUUUUUCCAUUUUUACCAUCCUGCAUUUUCCUCAUCAUUUAAUCAGACUGACCGGAGGCAGCGAGAUGCCCUUUGUUUUUUGGCAGCAGAAUAUCUCCUUCUGAAGUUGCCUUAGUUACUACAGUAGGUAUGCCUUACAUGAUGUCACUGACUUGACGUCACAACAUGGAGAAUUGGUCAAAAUGGUUGAACCUGAAAACUAUUUUUUUCUUACAUUAUUUCUUAAAUGGUUGUAGACUCCUUAUUACAUGAUGGGAAUAUAAAUGGAUACAUUCAAAUUGUUUGGUGAAUCUGCUAAAAUGGUAACUUUUCUCCACUUUUUUGGGUUUGUUUGUUUGUGGAUCAUUUCUUCUGUUUCUGCGAGGACGGGUGAUUUUUUUUUUACAAGGUAUCAUUUAAGCAUUGUCAAGCAUUUUAUGAGGCUGCAUUAUGUGAAGGAGUCAUGAGGGGGGUGAAAAAGCUCCCCACAUAUAGCAGGUGUUGAUUUUUUCCCAUCAGUGCAACGCUCCAGUUGGUUUUAUUGUCUGUUUUGUGAGAUUUGGCUCAACUUUCUUUCCCCACUGCCAAGCACAAAUGGGCAUCUGGUUUUGUUUUGUUUUGUUUUUGUUUUAUUUUGUUUUGUUUUAAAAAAGCUGAGCCUGGAUGAUGAGAAUAUUAGCUUUAAGUGUACGGGUUUCUGGGGCCACUCUCUGCAUAUGCUUUACACAUAUUUAAACUCACAAAUACACACAAACUGAGAACCCAGCAAGAUGUUUGACGCUAAAGCAGUUGAAUACCACUUUUUGGUUAAUAUCUUUAUCCAGAACCUGUUCUUAGCUUCUAUCAGCAGCAUGUCUCUUCAUUAGCAUUUUUUACACUUAUAUUAAAUCAUUCAUUCUUCACUGUUCAUCCACGAAAAAGUCUGUUCUCCAUCAGCUGCAUACUGUCCCAAAUGGAACAUUUUUCAGUCUGUUUUAUAAAACUUUAAAGUCCAUCAAACUGCCACACAAACCUCAAGAUUCUUCAGCUGUCUAACAAAAUAACACUGGAAAUGUCAUGUUCUGUAAUCAAUAAAAUGACUUUUAAUAUAAA